CUAACAAGUAACACCCCCUUCAAGAUUGAUUCCCCCACCUCCCUCUCUUUUCUUUCUCUCUCUCUCCUCACCGCCCAUUUCCAAUCCCUUCCUCUCCCAUUCUCCUUUUCUCCAAAUUCUCUUCACACGUUUGCUCCCAUAAUUCUCUCUCUCUCUCUCUCUAAGUAGAUACUGUGUCAGACGGUGUCAGAGAACUAAGGUUUCCUUUUGUCCUCCUGAGCGAAGGACGGAGGUCCCUUUGUAUCAGAAGAAAAUCUCUCUCUCUCUCUCUCUCUCUCUCUCUCUCUCUCUCACAUUCCAACUGUCCAUACCUCCACAAAAGAAACCCUAAAUUUUUUGCUCAAUACUCAUGACUCCUCAACUCUCACCCGUGAAUCCUAACUCCAUCAAGACUAGAUUCACUCAUCGGUUCCUAAGAGCCCUUAAAAGACUGCGCAAGAAUAAUUCACGCACCGCCACGUCAUCACAACCCUCGGCUCUGGGGCGAUAUCGGAAGGUAAAGCUGGCUGCUGAUGCGUCCAUGGCCGCUGCGGUGGGGCCGAGGAGGGUCUGGAGCUGUGCGAUGCUGCGGAAGAUCCGGUCGCGGGGUUUUUUGGCGAGGAGAAGAGGAAGAAGAAGCUGUGGUGGGGCUGUGAGGAGAAGGAGAGUUCACAUGGGGAAAAGAGGUGGAAAAUCAGGGUUCGGUGGUGAUCGAAAAACCGAGGAGCUUCGGAGGCUGGUUCCGGGGGGAGAAGCCAUGGAUUUGUACAGCUUGCUGGAUGAAACUGCACAUUACAUGAAGUGCCUUUCAACCCAGGUACAGGUCAUGAGAAAUAUUGUCGAUUUCUGCUAUACCUCUACUUAGGGAAUGUUCGGCUCGAUGGACUCAACGUUGGAAUGGAAUUGCCAUUCCAUGGAAUACUUAAUCCAAAUGCACCCUUAGAGUAUCGGUAGUCCGGAGUUCUGUCGGUCAUUACAUAACGGAGGUUUUGGACUUCUGAUACCGAUAAUUAUCUAAAGUAUCGUCUGAUACUCCUAUAUAACUGUGUUACGGAUGCAGAUACCGCGAUGUCUAGCCGUGAUUGGUGCUGUUAUACAUUUAUACAAUACAAAUAAAACGGAUCUAGAGAGAGAGGUGUUUACUGUUUAUGACCUUCAAAUUUUUCUUACCCACAAAUUGUCUACACCGGUCUGCCGAUGUAGAUUCUCAUGUGAUCGAUCUAAUGAGAAUCUUGAGGAACGUGAAGAUUUUCGUGUGAUUCAAUGACUGAAAAUACACUGGAAGACCGGUAGAGACAUUUGUGGGUACAGAUCCACGAUUUGAACUCGUGUUUAUGAUGGCGGGGCUGGAAAUUAGGAGUUCUGGGGGUAUAGAAAUCACAAGUAGGCUAUGCACCAAGCCUUACAAGAAAGUGUUGUAGAAUUGUGUAAAUUAGAGUACGUACUGAUUGUGAGAAACUGAUGGGAAUUUCACUUGUUUGUACAGAGAUAUAUGGUUUGUAAUAAUAUCUGUAAUUACUUUUA